AUGCCAGACGACAAGAAACCCGCCGACAACACUAUGGCCCCUCCUCCCAUGGACCCCUUCCCCACCUAUCAGACUCCUUAUCCUCGCCCCCCAAACAGAGACGACGAGAACCCAUUCAUCCUCUUCCGUCGCUUUGCCGACGAACAGUUCUCAUCAUUCUUCUCCGGAAGUCGACGACUGAUGCGGCAGAGACAGGAGUGGGAGGAAGGCUUCCGGAAGCAGUUUGAGCAAGAGAUGGAGGAGAUGAGACAGCAGUUGGAAAAGUCCAAGAAUGAAGCCUGGAGGUCGAUGGAGGACGCGUGGAGACAGCACUCGAUGGAGAGUAGUCGCAGUGAUACAACCGAUAAUACACCCUGGUGGACUCGGGGCAGGGCCGCCCGAUGUCCAGCCUUGAACGGUCAAGAGGUCCAAAAGAAUGCAGAAAAGUGUCCCGCUCUCUAUGAUGAGGCGGGACAGCCGAGGACGGAAUUGGAUGCCUACAAUGCACUACCGCGGAGAGAGAAUGACACACCAAAGCAUGUGUUCGAGGCACCGGCUCACUCGUCGACCGAGAAGAAUCCUUCCAGAUCUUGGUUCUCUGCGCUUGGUUGGGACGGCAAGCAGAAGGAGAAGUAUUUAACCACCAACGACGACGACGCUGGCGAUACCAAAGACAGUGCUCCGAGUGAGAAGGUUGUGUCUCCGCCCACGACAUAUUCGUUCUGGGCCGCCCGCAGGAUGCAACCGUUCGAGAACACAGACGAGACAAUCCCCUGGCUCAUGCUCAGUCCGUACUCCCCAAUUUACCUCUGCAACCCAAGACAACCACGACUUUUCAAAGUCAAGAUGCAAGACUCGGAAGGCGUGCCAUUCCAUAUCUCGGACGCCAAGUUCUUUGAUAGAUGGUACACGAGUGUGGACGAGAAGAUGGCAAGACAUAAACCCUGGGCUGACGCGUUUGAGGACUUGUUGAGCCUUCAGCAAACAGGAAAGAUGGUGGACAGGGACAACUGGAAUACUUGGCGGACCCCCAAGACUUGGAUACACGACAUGGUAAGCAGGGGCAGCUUUGGCAGUAGAUGGGGCUUUAGCGAGCAAGGGAUGCUGGUCAAGCGGGCGAUCGACCCGAAGUCAACGGCUGCAGCGGUAUCUGCGCCAAAUGUGGAAGACCGUUGUGCCAGGUGGCGCCGGAAUCGUCAGUGUCGAUACAACAAGACCACAGAAGAACCCACGCAGCCAGGAGAGCCAUCGGAGGAGAGGAAUCCUGCAUCCAGCAUUCCCAUUGCUGCUGUCACUGAGGUAGCAGCUCCAGCCAACAAUGAAGCUACACAGGAAGACUUUGAGUCAGCUGCUGUAGAUUCUGUCACUCAGGAAGAGGGGGUUUCUCAUCUUCCUACGACAUCGUCUCCAUCGACUUACUCGUACGACGCGGCCAUUUCAUCCUCCACCAACAGUACUGAUGUGCCCUCUGACAAGUCUGUGGUCGCAACUCUUACGACGAUCCACACACGUACGUUGCCUGAUGGCUCCGUCGAGUCCAGACGGAUCUUGAAACGACGAUUCUCAGAUGGGACAGAAGAGACUAAUGACGAAGUUUCGGUGACGAAUAUUUCCAACUCGAGCGAACUAGGCAACACAGAGGACAAAGCGACACAAACUCUCCUCGCAUCUGAAUCGACCCAGUCACAAUCAUUCAAAGGCGAAGAUCCAAGAGGACGCCAGAAAGAUGCAUAUGGCUUUUACCGAGAUCAAUCACUUUUUGAUGAGCCCGAAAAGAAUGAGGAACUUCAACGACACCAAGAUCAAGAGUCCACAGGGCCGAAACGUUUUCCUCGAAGGAUACCAAUUUUGACAGCCGAGACGGAACCAGAGCUGGAGCAUGAGCCACAGCCUACGCCAGCGCAACAGCAAGACGGAAGCAACAACAGUGGGCGACCCAGACGGAGUGGCGGUGGGUGGUUCUGGAAUUGA